CAUGCCUCCUACGUCAUAAAGCCGCGCCGAAAAUAAGUAAAAUCGAAAAUUGUCAACAGGAGCAGCAACGACGUUCCUCCUGACCCACUGAGGCGGCCGUGGUUAUGAGCAGUCCCAUGAUGGCCGGAUCCUCAGCCUCCAGCUCCAAAGAGCGUCCUGCUUCCAGGACCAGUUUCAUCCCAGAGAUCCAGAGCAUGAUGUUCGCGCUGGGAGACGCCCGCAGGCCUCCGCCCGAGACAGCCGCCCUGGUGGAGGACAUUGUGCACACGCAGCUCAUCACCAUGCUGCACCAGGCCUGCGAGGGGGCGUCUCUUCGUGGGUCGAGGGUCAUUUCCCCCGAGGACAUCCUGUUCCUGAUGAGGCGGGACAAGAGGAAGGUGGCCAGGUUAUUGAAAUAUCUCCAGUUCAGAGAUUUUAAAUCCAGGUUACUUAAAAGUCUGGAGGAUGAAGACCUGCAGCAAGAGACGGGCGCCGUUGCCGGCGGUAACCAUCGGAGGCAGCGAUUGGCCCAGGACUUUCUGGUGUGGUUGGAUCAGACCGGAGAGCUCCUGUCACUGGCGGAGCGGCGGGAGUUGGACCCCGUCAAGAAGGAGCGGAUGGAGCGUUUAGAGCGUCAGACCCGCGCUAUGGACCAGACGCAGUACUCCGAGUUCUGUGAAAGUCGACAGCUCAGUUUUGCUAAGAAGGCGUCAAAGUUUCGAGAGUGGAUGGACUGCAGCACUUUGGAGCUGAAACCCACCAGCCUCACCAUGGAGAUCCUGUCCUACCUGGCCUAUGAGACGGUUGCCCAGAUUGUGGAUUUGUCGCUGUUGGUGAAGCAAGAAAUGACUGCGACGACAAAUGCCAUCAGUCAUGUGAUCUCUUCCAGCCACAUCCACUACCACACUCACACUGAGGUAAAGAAGGAUCCAGACUCGCCUGAAGCCACGCCCCCUUCCACCCCAGGCUCCUCCCACUCAAGGCCCCUCCCGCAGGGUAACGGCAGCCUGGACGGCAGGGCCCGACAGAGAAAACGCAAGAAGAGCGCUCCGGCUGCGGUGGAACCUCCGAGUGGAUCCAUCCAGCUCGGCCACAUCAGAGAGGCCAUCAGACGCUACAACUACAGACACACAAGUGCUUACCGCAGGAGUGGGGUGGCCUUCCUCACUUGCUGAAGAUGGAACUCUGAUGUUUCUGUUCUACUUUUGUACCUUUUCAGAAAGCCCCUUUUUGUAUUUGUGUCAUUCUUUGUUAUAAAUAAAGCAAUACAGCGUUGC